UCAAAACAACAAAAUUGCAAACAGCUAUCGGAAUCAGUAAUCGUAGUCAAAUUUUGCCAAAAUUCGCCCCCCAAAUGGACGUGGACGAGGCCGUACAAUCGAUCUGCGACUCGACGGCUUCACUUACCGAAGGAUGUCGGUUACCGGUGCGAAUGACCGGUACCAAUGAUUGGCCGCUGGCGGAAAUCAUUAGCAUCAAGGAUUUGGACGAAUCCAAGAAUGUUUACUACGUACAUUAUGUGGAUUUCAAUAAACGCCUGGAUGAGUGGGUCACGGAAGAAUACCUGGAUACAAGGAAAGUACAGUUUCCUCGCAAAGAUGGACUCACAACGGGUCAAAAUACAGGAGUAACCACCCCCAAGCGUGUCAUCCCGGUUGGAGAACGAUCCCGACCAGCUAGUCCGGUACUUCCGCCAGUGGAAAUCGUCAACGGCAGUGCCGUCCUGGCGGCUGCGUUGAACAAAAAAAUCAGCCGGAAACGGAAAGCCACCUCAACAGAGAACGAAGACUCGCAGGAUGUUCCAACAACGCCAACCCCAGCACAAACAACACCUCAGCCUCGACAAUCGGGUAGUAUGGUCACGCACCACGACGAUGUGGUCACCCGGAUGAAAAACGUCCAACUAAUAGAACUGGGCAGACAUCGCAUCAAGCCGUGGUACUUCGCGCCCUACCCUCAAGAACUCUGCCAAAUGCCCUGCAUCUACAUCUGCGAAUUCUGCCUCAAAUAUCGCAAGAGUAGAAAAUGUCUGGAGCGGCACAUCAAAAAGUGCAACCUGAGGCAUCCGCCGGGGAACGAAAUCUACCGGAAGAGCACUAUCAGCUUUUUCGAGAUCGAUGGGCGCAAGAACAAAAGCUACGCCCAGAAUCUCUGUCUGCUGGCAAAGCUGUUUCUAGACCACAAAACGCUGUACUACGAUACUGAUCCGUUCCUGUUCUACGUAAUGACCGAGUACGAUUCGCGAGGAUUCCACAUAGUGGGUUACUUUUCGAAGGAGAAGGAAAGUACCGAAGACUACAAUGUGGCGUGUAUCCUGACGAUGCCACCGUACCAACGGAAAGGUUACGGAAAACUGCUCAUCGAAUUCAGUUACGAGCUAUCCAAAUUUGAAGGAAAAACGGGAUCGCCGGAGAAGCCCCUGUCGGAUCUGGGUUUGCUAUCGUAUCGGAGCUAUUGGGCCCAAACGAUACUGGAAAUAUUGCUCAUUGCAAAACCCACCGGGGACAACGACAAACCGCAAAUUACAAUAAACGAAAUCUGCGAACUCACCAGCAUCAAGAAGGAAGACGUUAUCUCGACGUUGCAAAUUUUGAAUCUAAUCAACUACUACAAGGGCCAGUACAUUGUGUGCAUCAACAAGGAAACGAUCGACCAGCACAAAAAGGCCAUGGAGAAGCGGAAGAUCCGCAUCGAUUCCAAGUGUCUCCACUGGACGCCGAAAGACUGGUCCAAGCGAUCCAAGUGAUAUACCUAGAUAUUCAGAUUACCAUUUGUAUGCCCUUCAACCACACAAACACCCACACACGAGAAGCGUAACGUUCGCCUAGCUAGUGUUUAAGUCAGGUUUUAAAUUUGUUGCAUCGGCUCCGGAAACCGCGACUGCCGGCCGGUACAAGAGAGCGAGAGAGUCAUCGCCCAGUCCAGCCCAACCCAUCUCUGCCCAGACAGCUGACGGGAACUUGGUUCUUUCAAUGGUUGGAAAUGAUGAUGAUCGUCGUCGUCGUCGUCUGAUUACGCUAACUACCUAACAAACAUAACUUAAGACUCCGAUUGUGAAUGCUAUUGUAUAAAUGAAAG